AUGCGUAGUAAUUCCACUACAAAAACAAAGUUAAUUUGUUUACCAUCAUCCUUGAUUAAUUCCCUUCUUCAAUCGUACCAUAAUGAUCCACUUAGUGGUCAUUUUGGCGUUCCACGUACAUAUUUAAAGAUUAAAAGUAAAUUUUGGUGGCCAAAAAUGAAACAAUCGAUUACUCAAUAUAUACAAUCGUGUUUACCUUGUCAACAAUACAAUAUUAAUCGUACCAAGAAACCAGGUCGACUUAAUCCAAUUCCUACUCCAGAAGGACCAUUUCAAUUAAUAGGCAUUGAUUAUUGUGGUCCGUUCAAACCAACACCUCGUGGCAAUCAAUAUGUAUUAUGUAUUACUGACUAUUUUACAAGAUGGGUAACGGCAGUAGCUUUACCUGAUUGUUCAGCACAAACAACGGCCCAAACAUUAUUUAAUAAUUAUAUUUGUCAAUAUGGUGUACCAUCAGCUAUAUUAUCUGAUCAAGGUACUCAUUUUAAAAAUCAACUUAUGGAAUCUAUGGCAAAAUUAAUUGGUUACAAUCAUAUUUUUUCAUGUGUUUACCAUCCACAGUCUAAUGAAAUGGUUGAACGUUUCAAUGCAACAUUUGUUCCCCAAAUUGCAAAACUUCAAGAUCGUGAAAAUAACAAUUGGAACGAAUUUUUAUUACCAGUAGUAUUCGCUUACAAUACUGGAAUUCAUGCAACAACUGGUUAUUCACCAUUUCAAUUGCAAUAUGGUCGCGAUCCACGUUUACCUACAGAUGAACCUUCAACAUCGUUCAUAUUUAAUAAACCACAAGAUUAUUACGAACAAUUAAAGAAGAAUUUGUUGAUAAUACAACAACAAACACGUGAUAAUGUUAAUAGUCGACAACAACGAUACAAGAAUCGUUAUGAUAAACAACGUGCAGAUCCACAUUAUGAAAUUAAUGAUUUAGUAUUGGUUAAAAUUCAUGAAACAAAAGCAAAAUAA